UAACGCGUGCCGGAUGCGCCCUCACUCCAGCAGACCGCUCCAGCACGAAGAUGGCGUCGGAGGGAGCCAGCGGAGAGAAGCCUCCUCCUCCUCCUGCUCCUGUUCCGGUGCAGACGUUGGCUACCACCGCGCUGGGGAGCGUCGACACGAAAUGUGAUUUCAACAUGGAUAACCUGAGCAAACCGGAGCUCCUCACACUGUUGAGUAUCAUGGAGGGAGAGCUUGAGGCCCGAGACCUGGUCAUAGAAGCCCUAAGGGCACAAAGGAAGGAGGUGUUUCUCCAAGAACGCUACGGCCACUACAGCUUGACUGACCCUUUCUUGGCCCUUCAAAGGGACUUUGAUUGUGGUGGUCCUGGUACAGACAAAGACCGGCAAGCCCUGGGCUCCAGUCCUAUCUCCGUCCUUGAAGCAGUCAUGGCCCACUGCAGGAAGAUGCAGGAGCGCAUGUCAGCCCAGCUCGCCGCUGCCGAGAGCCGCCAGAAGAAGCUGGAGAUGGAGAAGCUACAGCUUCAGAGUCUAGAGCAGGAGCACCGCAAACUGACCGCACAACUUAAAGAUGAGCGUGAGAAGAAUAAGCACAUUGUUAUGAUGCUGGUCCGUGAGUGCAAGCAGCUUGCCACACGGGUGGUGGAGGAAUCGCAGAGGUUUGAUGAGUUUCAGGCUCGUCUUGACGAAGAGAGUCGCACUUCUGGACGUCUACAGGAAGAACUGAACAGUGAGCGUCAGCGGAGCCAGCAGAUAGAGGCCAAAAUGGAAAAACAGCUGUCAGAGUUUGACACAGAGCGGGAACAGCUCCGUGCCAGGCUGGGCCGUGAGGAGGCUGAGAGCCAGAGUCUACGCCAGCAUGUGGAGCAGCUCAGGACUCAUCGGGUCAGUAGGAAGGACAGCACUACUGUCACCCAACCUGCUGCUGUUGCUUCUACUGGAGCAGAACAUGCCGCUGCCAGCAGUAUACCUACCAAGGUUAAAGUUGUAACUUCAGUUUCUGUGGCCACAGAACCCAUUGACUCUCGGACAGCAUCCUGCCAAACUGACUUGCCCCCCACUGAGGUGGAGGGUCCCAAGAAAACGCCUCUUACAAUACCCAUUAAACCAACUCCUGCAAACUAUGUAGGUCUGAGUCUGCCAAAGUCAGCUGGUCGGGGGAUCACUCACAGCAGCUCAGGAGGACCGACGCAGACAGAAAAUGGCUCAGAGGGCCAAGCCCCACAUGGCUUACCCAGUGGGGUCAGCCCACGUGUCCAGGCAGCCCGCUACAAGUUCCAGGAACAGGACCAAAAUGGUACAGCCUCCCAAAGUCCUCCAUCCCGUGACCUUUCUCCCACCAAUCGUGAUAACUUUGCCGCCAAGCAGCAAGCGCGCCAUACUGUCACACAAGUCCUUUCUCGCUUCACAAGCCCUCCAGCGGGGGGUGCUGGGUCCCUGCGCCCGAGCCUGCCACACUCUGCCUCAGAGGGAGGUCCCUUUCCAAGCCGUCUGAGUCAUCCCAUUGGCCUCAAGUCCCCCACAGUGGCCAGGAUCGAUCGAGGAAACCCUCCCCCUAUCCCUCCUAAAAAGCCUGGGCUUUCCCAGACCCCUUCUCCUCCCCAUCCACCCAUCAAGGUGGUGGGGGACAGCAGCCGCUCCCCUGGGGCUGGCCUAAAACCAACAACACCCCAGCUACCACCCAAACCAGCCCUUGACCUGGUCCCAGCCCUGACGGCCUCUCAGGUGGGUGCCUGCCCCCGUUCCCACUCCCAGGGAUCCGGUUGGGGGCCUCAGCAGCAGCCGGCAACAGCAUGCGCAGAGUCUCCCCCCAUCAUCAGUCCUGCCAUCACUGUCUGUAGUUCAUCCAUAAACCCCCCCUCCUCCACCUCCUCAGUUAGUGCUCCAUCCUCCUGUAGCUGCUGUGCCUCAGCAGACAGGCCCCUGGCAACAGCAUCAGGCUGGUGUCCCUCCGUAGUCCCCUCUUUAAGUGGCGGUGGGCCUGCUGCCCUGGACGGUGGGCACCCCCUGCUCUUCCAAGCUGCUUCCCAGGGAAAUGUCACUUUAUUGUCAAUGCUGCUUAAUCAACCAGACCUGACCACCUCCACCGACUCCACGUCCACCAUCACCGUGACCUCUACCACUGCCAUGGAGACAAGGUCCAGUCAUCUUGACCAAGACCACCACCUCUGCCACAACCAAACCUCUGCUCUGUUUGCUGCUGCGCAGAACGGACACACAGAAUGUGUAAAGCUGCUGCUGUCUGCAGGUUUGUCUUCUGAUGUUUUGGAUGAAAAUGGUUUCACACCUUUACACUUUGCUGCUGCUCACGGCCACAGCAGCUGUGUGGAGGCGCUGUUGUCUGCAGGAGCUGCUGUGGAUGCCACGGCUGCAGGCGGCCACACGGCACUCUUCUUGGCCAGUGAAGCAGGAAGACUGGACUGUGUUCGGACACUGCUGAACACCGGCGCUGAUCGCACACGCACUGCUGCAGACGGCUGCACGGCUCUCCACGCAGCGGUGCGCUCAGGGCACAUGGAUACUCUGUGCCUCCUCCUUCAGUCAGCUCAGGGUGACCCUGCUGUGACCUUUGACCCUUCCAGCACACUGAAACUGCCCUCUGCCCUCCUCAACCAGGCGAACAGUGACGGCUGGACGGCUGCUCACAUGGCUGCUGCCCAAGGCCUCAAGGAGUGUCUGGAGGUGUUGUGCAGCAACACUGAACAAGACAUCGACUGCAGGGAUAAAUGUAAUCGCACCAUUCAUGACGUGGCAACAGAUGACUGCAAAGAUCUUCUAGAAAACCUCUACUCGUACCGGGUCCUGGUGCGUCUGCAGUGUCCUGGUGGAGGAGGACUGGGCUCUAUGUGUCCUGUGGAGGCAAUGGAAGAGCGGGCGACAGGAGGUGAAGGUGGCCAGCUAAUCCUGGGCAGGAUUUCUGUUGACCACUCAACAGGCUGGGCUCAGCUGGCCGACGCCCUUGGCCACACCCUCACCUCCUAUCUCCAGUUUCUCUGCGGAGAGUCUCAGCAGACCACAGAGGAUGCACAGCACCUCCCACUGGGCCUUGGCCCAGCUAGCAUCGCUUCCAUCCUUAUUGGAGGCACUGAGUGGUUGCCAGGUCAGGAACUGCCUGUAUCCCCAUGGGACCUUGUCAGAAAGCCCCUCAGCCAACAGAUCACCAUCCGCCUCAAAGGUCUGUCUGAGUCGUGUGUGGAUGAGUUGGCUCUAGAAUCCCUCCUCCCCCUCCCGCUGCUGCACAACUACAUCCGACUGGUGGAACAGUAUGGGAACCUCAUCUUUCAUGGACUGGAGGGCAGCUGUCAGGAAUACAUUGCCAAGCUGGUCGCUUGUUGCAUCAAGUCCAAGCAGGAGGCGGGUGGAUUUGGCUGUGACGUGGUGAGGGUGGAGGUGGAGGAGAGUCUGACCAAAGAACAGCUGCUGGAGACUUUUGUCAGCUGUGGGUUCCUGGUGCCAGCAGUAGGGUCACAUGUUGCAGCGCGAGACGUUCAUAAUGGUCACUGUGUGGUUCUGCUGCUUGAAGGACUGGAGAAGACAUCUUCUCUGUCUGGCUUGCUGGGUGACUUGUGCCACAGUUUGGACAACAGGUGCUCAGCCGCUCCCCUGCUCCUGCACAGCGUACCCCACUACUUCCAUGACGGCUGCUUUCUUAUUGCCACACUGUCAAAGCCCUACCUCCAGGGUUCAGAUCUCCGCCUCCAGCAACACUUUCGCUGGGUGACGCUGCGCUGGGACCAGGAGCCGCUGCAUGGCCUGCUGGGAAGACAUUUUCGCAGGAAGCUGCUGUGUAAGAUGGGUACAGGGAUUUUGGUCCAUGAAGGCAUCAUGGAGCGUUCAGUAUUGUGGAUAAACCAGGUUUGGCAGCAGUUGAAUGCUUGUCUGUCUCGCCUGGGUACCCAUGAAGCUUUGCUGGGCCCACAGCUCUUCCUGUCUUGCCCCAUAGUGCCACACAACAUACAGGCCAUCAUCAGGUGGCUAGCUCGGCUCUGGAACGCCGUGGUGGUUCCGCGUGUAGAGGAAGCCAUCAUCUCCCGGCUAACAGCUCGACGUUGUUCCGCCUCCUCAUUGACGCCUUCUCCACGAUUGUCUCCUGGCAACUGUGGGUUAAGUUUGGGUCAGCAGGCCAUAGUGAAAGCUGCCCUCAGCAUUCUUGUCAACAAGGCUGUUCUUGUGGGCUGCCCUCUGCCUCGACAAGAGAUUGAUAAGUACCUGUUGGAGUUUAGAGGCGGGUCCUUCCCUUUGUCAGCUGUUGGUUCCUACAAAGGAACUGGAGGCGGAGCAGGCAGAAAGGGACGGGAUAGCGGCAAGUUAAGACGAGCCAAUACCAGUCCAUGGAAGAAGGAAAACUCCACCUCCAGCUGGAGCUGUAGUGGGUCCUUCAGAGAGGGUUCAUUGUCCAGCACUGUCAGCUUCCCUUCAAAUGGCAAAGUCCACAGAGAGGUGGCGGUGGGUCCGCCAGUGUUCUCUGAUGAUGAGACUGACUUGAUCAGAGAACUGCAGACCAUGUGCUCCAGCAAGUCUGAGCCAGACAUCAGUAAGAUUUCACACACAAAAGAGGACUUGAUUGUGUUCUCCAGCUCAGCGAGCAGUGACACACCACCGAACCAGACUAAGCAGGAAGUUGCCAUCCAACCUCGACCACAGAUGGCUUCUGUCCCUCAGUCCAGCUGCAGUUCAAGUCCAGGCCCACGGGUCAAAUCGCAACUCCCCGUCCCCAGCAGCAGGGGGCAGCAGAAGCGAACCACCACCACCAGCAGCAGCACCAGUGGCAGCAGCAGUCCCAGUCGAACCCAGAUGUCCAACAAUCGCAGCAGAAGCAGAUGCAGCAACAAAGAUAAGCAGGCUCCACGCAGCAGCAGCACUAACCACUACUAUCAGAACAACAUCGAUAACAACCACGAGGACAUCUGGAUCCUCCACCGAAACCUCCAUGAAAACAAAUAGACAUCUUGCUUCUCUAAAUGAAUCCACUGUACACCUCCCUCCAUGAUGUAAAGACUUGGUACCAGCCAACUUUGACCUUUUAGUAUUUGUACUUAUCUCUACUUGUUGCACUGUACUACAGUUGUGUACUUGGGGACCACAGGAUUAUUCUAUUACAGUACUGAAGUUUUGAUUGUUGUGAUAAAGAAUGAAUGAAGGUCCUGCAACAGGUUACUUUACUGUUGCCUUAUUCCAGUGUUUGAACCUGUGUAUUACCUAUGGAACAAUAUCCAGUGUAAGUGUGCUCUAAGUAUUUGACUGGUGGUAAUGGCCACAGAACUGACAGUGUUUUUGUGUACUUGCAGAAAAAUACUCUAUAGAUCAGUCCCACUGGGAUAAGGCCGCCAUGAUGCAGGUCUGACUGUGGUGACUGCUGAUCUGAAACAGUUUGACCCAUUCAGAGCAGCAAAACUCUUAUUCAGACUUGGCUCAGACUCCUCCUUACAUUUACUUGACUCUGUUAAACCUCGUCCAUGCCACAGUUAGCGCAGAGACAGUUGUGCCCAAGCAGCCAGCUGCGGUCGGCACAUUUGAAGGCCGCAUGCUUACCUGUGCAGUUGUUGGAGAUUGUUAGUUAUGGCAGCUGGACAGUCCGUUUGUCUGCAAAUUGUGAGGCUGUGAACUGUGCACCGGUUUUAGCUAACACUAGCAUUGAUAGAGGUAUUUCAUUGGUUAGGAGAUGUCGAACGCGGCACCCAGCAGUGUCCAGUGUGUAAAUGCAGCAGAGCUCAGGUCAUGUUAACAGAUCUGAGACAAACUAGAACAUCCUGAGUCCAUAUUCAGUGAACACGUGUUAAAGCUGCAGUGCCUGUUUGAAAAAGGGGUAUGACUGAAGGUAGCCGCGCAGGCAUUAACAUUUGCUGAAGAGCAUUUUUGGAUUAAAGAAA